GUUCACUUCAGUUUUAUUUGGUCGUGCAAGCUGAUCGGUUGCUUUCUGAUUAAACGUAAAACUACUGUUAACUGAGAAGCUUUACAAAUACAAAAGUGCAUACAAAAAGACAAAAUGAAAUUCUUUUCGCUCUUCACCGUCUUAUUAGUGCUCGUGGUGGUGUGCGUCAACCUCUCGGCGGCAUCUUUCUGUCCUUGCGAUCUCUCGCAGAAAGGACAAAUCUGCGGCUCUAACGGUAUUACUUACAAGAAUCGUUGCGAGUUCGAGUGCACGCAGAAGGACUACAAGAAGUUGGGUCGUACAUUGAAUAUUGCCAAGACAGGUCCUUGCUAGACGCUACGCAAACGUGAAAUACUUCGGUUGAGUGGAAGAAUGCGAAAGAGUAAAAGGCGAAUGCGACAAUGGCAACUAAAGUGAAAUGGAUUUAAAAUGGAAGAGUUAAUCGAAAGCGGAAGGAUAUCCGUAGGAAAUUAAAUGAAAUUGAGUUGUAGUUACUUACAUAUAUACAUAUUGCAAUAAAUAUAUGCACAUACAUAUACAUAUAUCGAAUUAGAAAAUGAAUGGAAUACAAAAUAUUUUUAAUCUCACACAUGCAUCUUAUAUACUAUACAUAGACUUUCAUUUGUAGAUACAUAUGUAUAUGCACAAGUGUUUGAUGUAUAUGAUUUUAAUGUAAUUUUGUGACAAUAUCAACAGUUAUAUACAAUUAAUUAAUAAAUAAAAGAAGAAAAAAAAUA